CUCUGUGUGUUCUGGCUCGGUAACACGGCUCCACCCUAAGCAGCUAGAACACAGUACAGUCACUUUUCUUUCAACAGCAAACAUGGCGAUCACAUCCUAUUGCUGAAGCCUUACUUAAACCUUUGUUCACGAAAACAUGACAACAGUGGAAUCCUUCGGACGACGAGCACCUGUGUAAAGGCCGACCAUCAUUUAACCCUGCACAGGGCAGUGGUCAAAGUAACAAAUAGGGCUUACGUCUACGAUAAGUUUAUUUUAGAAAGGGGAUAUUACGUUAUAUAAAACAAUAAUAGUAAUCAAACUUAGACAGAGUUGUUUUAAUCGAUUGCUGCUGACCUGUAACUGCUGUGUAAAGACAAAGGGGAGAGGGCCUAGAAGAAGUCCAGGCAGUGUGGGCUAAGCUACCCGUGGAAGAGGACGCGGAGACCGCCAUGGCCCAUUCGCCGGUGUCUGUUCAAGUGCCUGGGAUGCAGAACAGCCGGGCAGAUCCUGAGGAACUCUUCACCAAACUGGAGAAAAUUGGAAAGGGCUCUUUUGGGGAAGUCUUUAAAGGAAUUGAUAAUCGGACACAAAAUGUGGUGGCUAUUAAAACCAUUGAUCUGGAAGAGGCAGAAGAUGAGAUAGAAGACAUUCAACAGGAAAUCACUGUUUUGAGUCAGUGCGACAGUCCCUAUGUAACCAAGUACUAUGGAUCCUACUUGAAGGGGACAAAGCUGUGGAUCAUAAUGGAAUACUUGGGUGGAGGCUCUGCUCUAGACCUGCUACGAGCUGGCCCCUUUGAUGAAUACCAGAUUGCCACCAUGCUGAAGGAGAUCCUGAAGGGUUUAGACUACCUGCACUCGGAGAAGAAGAUUCACAGGGACAUUAAAGCUGCAAAUGUUUUAUUAUCGGAACUUGGAGAGGUUAAGCUAGCAGAUUUUGGAGUUGCCGGCCAGCUGACGGACACACAGAUAAAAAGAGAGACAUUCGUAGGCACUCCUUUUUGGAUGGCUCCUGAGGUUAUACAGCAGUCUGCGUACGACUCAAAAGCAGAUAUAUGGUCUUUGGGAAUAACUGCUAUUGAACUCGCAAAGGGUGAGCCACCCAAUUCAGAAAUGCAUCCAAUGAGAGUGCUGUUUCUGAUUCCAAAGAAUAACCCGCCCACCUUGGUUGGGGAUUUCAGCAAACCCUUCAAGGAGUUCAUAGACUCAUGUCUCAAUAAGGACCCCGCUUUCAGGCCAACAGCAAAAGAACUCCUGAAGCACAAAUUCAUUGCUAAAAAUUUCAAGAAGACGUCCUAUCUGACAGAGCUGAUCGACAGGUUUAAGAGGUGGAAGGCGGAGGGUCACAGUGAUGAGGACUCCAGUUCAGAUGAGUGUGAUUCGGAAUCAAACAACAAAGAGAAUGAUAGUUCAAGAACUGAGUGGUCCUUUCCUACAAUCAGAAAGAAGCCAGAAUCAAAAAAGAUGCAAAAUGGAGCAGAUCCAGACCCCUUGAAAAAAUCAACAAGUUUAACCACAAUUAUUGCCCCGCUGUUUAUGGAGCUCAAACAACAAAAUAGGAAUAAUGCAACCAAAAAAGACGUGAUUGAGGAACUUGAAAAGUGCAUUAAAAUUGCUGAAGAAACCUGCCCUGGCAUUACAGACAAAAUGGUAAAGAGGAUCAUGGAGAAGUUUCAGAAGUUUUCCUAGAAGAUGCUCUUUUAAUGUGUGAGAUGUAGUACUGCAUGUCAUCAGAACUUCAUACUGAUCUUUGCAUAGCACAGUUCCAAGAUGUGUGUUUAAAUACAACACUCAUUAUUUGCUGCAGCUGGAGUGGUGAGAUAUCUUACAUGGACAGAAAAGGACAAAUCCAUGUAUAUUUGUAAAUAGUAGGGUAGAAAUAUAAGCACAUUUAAGUACUGGUUAAACUAUAUUUUGUGCUUGUUUAAAGUAGCGUUAUUAUGUAAUAGAGAAAAGGGGAGGCAGAUGGAGUGCAUUAAUUGUAUUUUAUUGACUACAGUUCAUAAAGAUAGUACUGCAAAUCUACAGAUGUUCUUAAGGUUGGUCAUGCUCCAACAAUGAUGCAUUACUCUUAAACAAGAUGUAUAGUGUAUUGACAGUUUAAACAAAUAUGCUGCUGCUGAGCAUAACUGAUAUCUAAAGUCAUGUUCAGUCACUAAGGCCACAGGGAUUCAAAAAGCAAAGAGUCAUAGAAUAAUUGGAGUUCUGUUUAACACUUUACCUGCUACAGCAAAAUGGUCUCUAUCUGAUUUGUACUUUCUUUUGAAACUGCUUCAGCAUAUUGUUUGCUGUAAGCAUUAAUCAUGCUGCACAUAAGUAAUCAUGUUUUAUACAAACCUCUUUGAAAAGUCACUUUUCAAAGAAGGAUCAAUUAAAUGAAGUUGGUGGUAAGUUACCAGCUUCAGAUGUUAAACAUACAGGAUAUGACUUGGGUAGAUUGUACUUUAAACCCCUACCAAGGCCAAUUGAAUUGAACCCAUGAUAUGCAUUCCAGACAGGGGAGUCAAUCCAUCUUUUAACUGUAGUUGUCUGAAGACCUUUACAGAUUCUCACACAUUAAGACGUUUUGUAUCUUCAAUAUUUUGGGGUACUGUUAAAAUGGAAACAUAUACUUUUCUGGUCAGGCAUUUGUAUAUCUAGUUUCAUAUCCUAUACUAGUCUAAAGGUUUCUGAUUUGCUGGACAAACCUCAAUUAAAACACAGGAAUAUAUAGAAGUCAAGAAAGGGUUAAAGUCUGGUAUCAUUUGCUCUGGCACAAAGCUUGUGUGACUUUUUUUUUUUUUUUUUUAGUAGUUGUAUUUUUUAAGUAGUCGACAAGUCUUUAAAGUAUAUUUGCUGUUUCUGAAAUCAGUUUUAUUACCUGAAGAUACCAUCACAGUGUUUGAGGUAAAGACAUUGUAAUUGCUGAUGGACUGAUGGAUGAGAAAUGCCAACAGUACAUCCAAUGGUGCCUAAACUAUACUAAAGAAAUGUAAUGAACCCAUAUUGUAUUGUAAUUAUCAUUGUAUCUGUUGAAAUGUAUCUGCUUUUUUAUUAU